GAAUUAUGGCAGUAAGAGACCUAUAGUCAUAAAAAAAGAAAGAGAAGAUCAAUAUUAUAAAAAGUAGGGCUAUUUAAAAUGAGUUAGGCUAUUUAGUAAUUCCUGACAAUGCUUCUCAAGCACUUCUAUUAUAAUAUCUCUCCACCAGUGUGUCAGUGUGUUGUUUUGAAAGGGCGUUUACUCUAUUGAAAGCGAGCGAGUUGUGUUCAGUUUGUGUUGUGUGAGAUGAGAGGGAGACAGAGGAAGGAGAGGGUGGAGAAAUCUCGGGGGGGGCACAACCCCACACCGGCAGGCCCACGCACGCGAACGCAAGCAGGAAACAAAGAACUGGCAAUGAUGAAAUCGCUCCCGAACCGCAUACUAGGAUCUACAGCGAAACAAUAAAGAAUACUCAGAGAACACUAUCUAUCGUUCGUUGUGUUAUUAUUAUCGUGUAUGUUUAGACUACAUCGUAUUUUAUGGAUUUCCCAUUUUUUAUUGAACUAGUGAAGUUGAUGCAUAACCUGACUAGUGUAGCCGCGACUGAUUAAAUAUACUUGUUUUUUUAAAUCGGAGGAGGACGAUUUAUAAUCGUUGACAGGGGUUUUGUCAAGGCAACAAUUUUACAUGAACUGGAUUGUCGUUGGAUGAUUGUUUACGGACGUGGAUGCGAAUCUACUGGUGAAAAUGGCACACCCAAACUGACCUUUGACCUGAAAGCCUGACCUCCUGACAGGUCAGAGCUCAGAUUGGAAUACUCCCGGAAAUACAGACCACCCUCCAAUAUGUCCCUCCCGGAACCUUCCAUACGCCCCACGUCCCCCUUACCCCCCAGACCGGAGGCCAAACCCCGGCCCCCCAUCUCUAGGAAACCCCCUCCCUCCAACGGAUCCCCCUCCACCCCUCCCAGCUCGGGGAGAGGGGCAGCACAGGCAGCAAUUCCAGAGGUAAAGUCAAGAGCAUAGUGAGCAAGUUCAGUCACCCAGAGACUACACCUACCACCAGAGGAUAUGCUACACCAACUGCCAAUGGCACCACCGUCAAACCUCCUCUCCGGACCCGAGGGCCCAGGAGGGCCCCCACGGUCAAGCCCAAACCGUCCCGUGCCUCCAUCCAGCAGUCUGCGAGUCCAGACCAGGCCCCUCCACUGCCCAUGAAGAGGAGCCGGAUCCUGCGGCAGCAGAGCGACCAGGCCAAGAGGGACACCCCUGGAGGAGAGGAGGGCAUCCCAGCCAGUCGAUCAGCACCUGACGGAAAAGAGGUAGAGCUUCAGCUGAUUGGAGGAGUGGAAGUUGAGCCGGAGCACGGUUCAGGCACGCCCCUUAGCCCAUGCUGCGACCAGGACUGCAGUUGUGUGUGCCACCUCCACCGGCCCGGCAUGAAGCUGAUAUGGGUUCCCAUCAACAAGGAAGAAGAGGAGGAGGAGGAGGAGGAGGAGGAGGAGGAGAUUGUUCUGGAAGAGGAAACAGAGGAGGAGGAGAGAGGAAGGGAGGGGGAGAGCGAGGCAGGGGAUGAGGAGGAGGAGGAGGGGGGGAGCGGUUUGUUGAGUGAGGAACGGGCGGGGCAGAGAUUCAAGAAGGCAAAGUUUAACCAGGUUCUGGAUGUGAUGAUAGCUAAAGGGAACCGUAGAAGGUCAGACCCAGGAUCCCAGGUCAUUCUGGCCUCCUUGGCCUUAAAACGCUCCCAGUCACCCCCCAUCCCUCCUAAAAGAACCCAAUCUCCCCCAAGCCAUUUGAAUGCCUUCAUAGAGGAGGAGGACUCUAUAUAUGAAGCUACUCUACUAAUGGUGGAGCCAACACCCAGAAAGAUCUGUCAAGAACUGGACAUUAAGAAACCGGUCCGUUGGUCAAAACUGUCCUCCAGCAACUCGGAGGAAAACACUUCGAUCCAGUCUGAUUCGGACCCAUCCCAAACCCAGACUACCGAGGACGCCCCUCCGGCCAUCCCACCUCGGGUACCCCUUGCCCAGGACAAGUCCAAAACACCUGGCCACAACCUAACGCCCGUUCACAGGGGGGGUAUCGCCUUACCUCAGCCCACCGCGGAGGAGUGGCGCUCCCUGCACCCCUCAUCCCCCAACCAUUCCUCUAGCCCCAUAGUACCCCACCGGGUGGCCCCUCCACCCCCCACCAGCCCCCUGCUGCCCCACAGAGUCCCCCCACCUCAGCCACCCAAAACGGGCAGGGACGACAGGAGACUCAGUAACAUCUCCGGCCAUUCCAUCAACCAAGCCAUAAAAGAACAAGAGGAGGAUGGACGCACUAAAGGAGAAAAGGAGGACACAGAGGAAGACUGUAUGCCUGUAGCCCCACCCAGGAGAGGAUCCUAUAUUGACUGGGAGUCCAGACUGCAGGAUGAGCCUCUGUACCAGACGUACCGCGCCACUGUCAUCACCAAGGAGAUCCGGCGCCAGACGGUGUGCCGCAACAUCAGCAAGACUAGUGCCGACUACCACAUGGACUGGACUGCCCGCCGUGGUGGCGUGGGCAUGGGGUCGGGGGGCGUGGGGGCGGUGGGCAGUGGUACUAUUCCAUUGCCCACCCCGGGCCAGAGCACCCUGUGGCAGGACAUACCAGGAGUACGGGACAGUGGGGUGCUGGAGACUCUCAGCCCUGAACAGUGCAAGUACCAGGAGAGUAUGUUUGAGGUGUUGACAUCGGAAGCGUCGUACCUGCGUUCCCUAAGAGUUCUCACAGAACACUUCCUGGAUUCCCGGGAUCUGGACGAAGCGCUGAUCAUCCGGGACAGGAAGACCCUCUUCUCCAAUGUCCUGCGAGUCCGGGAGGUCAGCGAGAGGUUUCUGAAGGACCUGGAGGACCGUAUGGACGAAGGUCUGGUGUUCUCCGACAUCUGUGACAUCAUCCACUACCACGCACAGCACAACUUCCCGGCCUACAUCGACUACGUCCGCAACCAGAUCUACCAGGAGAAGACCUACACAUCCCUCAUGAAAACCAAUGUGGCGUUUGCCACGGUCAUCACCCGUCUGCAGGAGUCUCCUCAGUGCCAGCGGCUGCCAUUCAUGUCCUUCCUGCUGCUGCCCUUCCAACGAAUCACACGCAUUAAGAUGCUCAUCGAGAACAUCCUGAAAAGAACAAAGGAGGGGACUACAGAGGAACAGACCGCCUCCAAGGCCCUGGACUCUGUUUCCAAGAUCAUAGAGGAGUGCAACACCCAAGUGGGGAAGAUGAAACAGGUGGAGGAGCUGAUCCACCUCUCCAAGACGCUGGAGUUUGACAAGCUCAAGGCCAUCCCCAUCAUCUCCCAAACCCGUUUCCUGGAGAAGCGUGGGGAGGUACAGGAGAUGGCUAAAGGGGGCAACCUCUUCAACCUGCGUCCCAAGUUCACCCCUGUCUACCUCUUCCUCUUCAACGACCUGCUCAUCAUCGCCACCAAGAAGGGUUCGGAGCGUUUCGUGGUGAUGGACCACGCCCACCGUUCCCUGGUCCAGGUUCAGCCAAUAAAAGAGGACCAGGCCCUGAGCCCUAGCUAUGAACACUGUUUCUGUCUGACUCUACUGGAGAACCACCAGGGACGCAUGAUGGAGAGGCUGAUGAAGGCCUCCUCACAGUCUGACCUGCACAGGUGGAUAGCAGCGUUCCCUAACCCUGGUAACCAUGAUGGAGAUCAGGAGGAAGUCAUCUAUGAUGACUGGGACUGUCCUCAGGUGCAGUGUGUGGAGCAGUACAUUGCUCAGCAGGCUGAUGAGCUCACCCUGGAACCCACGGAGAUCAUCAACGUGGUGCGCAAGACCAACGAGGGUUUGUACGAGGGGAUCCGUCUCUCCGACGGACAGAAGGGUUGGUUCCCCGUGGAGAAUGUUUUAGAGAUCACCAACGAGCAUGUGCGGCGACGGAACCUUCGGGAGCGCUACCGGGUCUUUCAGGCCGCCAGCAUCGUCACCAACAAGGUCAAGACCCUUCCAUAGUGUUGACGGAACGUCAAGGGAACAUUCCAGAAUAGUAAAGACCAUGCCUUGAGGUCAGCUUAAUGGUGACAGAACAUCAGGAGAACGUCAUUCGAACGUUGACAAAAUGUUACAGAACAUUUAACUGGAUAGGGGAGUGAACCAGUGCCUGCUCUGCAUGCUCCCCUGAAUAACUCUUAGCUGUAGAUAUGAGAUUUCUGAGAAGCGCUAUCUCACUGUGGGUUUUGACUAGAGGCGGCUUGACAUUUGCAUAAAGUAGAGCAGAGAUCGUUUUUUUCUCUACCUGCCCACUAGCAGGGUUCUCGCCGUUCACCUUCCCACAGUUCCCCACACAUUUCUGUGCCCUCGUUGAAAAUGAAUGGGGCAGAACUUGCGGAAUUCAUUGUUUGUGAAAACCCUACGUUAUCAUAUCAUGCAAUUAGCAUGUUUUCAUUUUGUACAAAUUACUCAUUUGUUGGAAGUUAUGGGGGAAUGUUUUUUUUUUUUUUAGGGAACUUUAAAGAACCAGGAAAUGAAAAAUAUGGUAGGAGGAUGAUGUACUAAUUUAUUACAGGCAAACAAAAAUGGACUCCUCUCUUUAAUGUUGAGUAUGUAUUUGAGUGAGAGUGUAUAGUAUGAGUGAGAGUGUAUGUUUGUGUGUGUGCGAACCUGCACCUAACCCCACACACUGCCAGAGGAAAGCUCCAGUUGAAAAGUUUCCCUGCAUCAAUGUCAGUCAGGUAUACCAUACCAGUUUGCACGUAUCAGGUGGUAUAUCAAGUAUAGAUCAAACUCUGAAGUGCCUUCCAAUGGAUUGUACUCGAAGCACAAGUCCUACAGCUGUGUUAUCGUCGUCACUACAGGGUUGGAUACAUUUGACUGCCAUUUCUGGACACAAAAAAAGUCAUAGCCAAGUCGCAAACAUAAUGUCAAGACCACAAAACCUGGUUGUUUGUGAUGUACAGUAGUAAUAUUGGUAACAUGGAGCUCUAGUGAAGCCAUACUGUUAUGAUAUCAACAGGUCUCUAUUACCUCUUUAUACAACGGAUGGGUCUAAUACUGAAUGCUGAUUGGUUAAAACCACAUUCCAUUCCGUUUGUUUGAGUGAGUGGGUUUACUCUGGUUUAAGACCAGUGUUCUUAUUAAAACUCGAUCAUGUUUUUCAA